UUACUAAUAGAGGAUAAAGUAUUUGUUAGUAUGUUGAAAACAUGGUGGACCAAAGCUAAUAUAAAAAUUAUUGCAUCAAAAUAUACGUACGAUUAUACAUUUAGGCAUAUAUUCAAUUUUCAUAAUAUGUAAAAGUACUCCAUUUGGUAAUUAUCUCAAAUGACUAACAUGAUUUAUGUACAUAUAAUAUUUACUAUAUUAGUCUGAAUGAAAGCAAAUUUUAAAAUAAAAUAUGUUACUCACUGUUAGCAAUUCUUGAUGCUUGAUUUCAUUUCGAUCAUAUUUUUCGACACGUUUGUUACUUUUUGCUCGUACACAUUUAAUGCUUGUAGUAAUUUUUGAUAGGCCUGCGAUAAAUAUUUUUUAUUUAUAUGUCUCUCAUUUUUAUGAGAUAAUAAUUUACGAACAUAAAGAGUUCAUAUAUUACCUCAGAGAAAAUGCUGUUUUCUUUACUAGCUUCUUCUAAUUCAUGUAAAAGUACUUCUAAUGUAUUAAAUGGCAACCAAACUGCUGGAGAUACAGAGGUUAAGAAUGUUUCGAGGCCAAAAUGUUCUUUGCCAUCUCCCAAGAUUGCAUUAAUAUAUUCUACCGCUAAAUCACUGGCUUCUAUUAUUCUUCCACUAUUCAGCAUUAGACGAAGGAGUUCUGCAGCAUUCCGUUUCUGCAAUGUGGAAAAUAUUAACUUUAAAUUCUAAACAAAGUUAUCAGUUUAUGAAUUACUCACUUUAUAUGAAAUUAACAACCACUGAGGUAUAAAUGCCCCUUCCUUCAGUAACUUGCCAGAAACUGCCUUAUGCAACUCGCUGCAUCUAUCUUUUUCAUGCUUUAACGUUAGAUAUUCUAAUAACCUCCAAGCAGUAUUUGUACUGUUCGUAUUUGAGAGACCAAUAUCAAAUAUAUCAUUUUGUAUUAACCAAUCCCAGGUAUUUGAAUCUUCCCUUCGACUUAAUUGAAGAAGUCGAAUGCACUGAGAAGUCAGGCUUUCAAGUACAGAACUUUUAUUAAUUUUAAAUUCGUCGCACAAAUGUAAUGCUGUUGUAUAUAAACCAAUGGUUGAUAAUAUAAUAAUAAGUUCCGAAGGGUCAGCAUGUGCAACGAUCUGUAAAUCUGAAUUAAUUUUCGAUAUUUUUAAUCUGGCAUCCACUACGUAGUAUUCUUUCUUAAUAUCGUCCAAUUCAAGAACUUCUAUUUGUCUUUUUAUUUUAUAAGAUAAAAUAUCCUCGUUGGUGAUAUUCCCUCUCGAUUGUCGAUCAAAAUGAUUCAAUUUUUCCGGAAAGUUAUGAUCUAUUACAGGUCUAACUAUCCACCUGUACUUAUCGGAUACAAGGUAUAACGCAUUAAUGCAUGCUAAUAAACAUUGAGCUUGCCUCGAUACAAUUGGAACAGAUUGUGAUUCUUGACUUAAACGCAUAGCUUGCUCAUACAUGACAGAAGCAGCUGAAAGAAAGAAAUGAAUUAACUGUUGCAUUACAAAUUUUUAGUCAUUGAUUUAUUAUGUAAUAAGUAAUUAAGGUAUUUAUUUAAAAUCUUACCUUUACGCAUGUUACCCUUGUUUAUGUGAAAACUAUAUAAGAAAUUAUAGUAGUUAUUCUCCAUGAGAUCCACACUUCUGGCUCUACCUUCUACAAUUCUUUCGAGGUCUUCGUACAUAUCCACAUAUGGAAAUGAAAUUAAGUCUAUAAGUUUUCGUCUCUCAAACAGAGUUACUACUAGCUGUCUUAAACAGUCCACUUUACGUGCAGCAUCUGGAUUUGAGUUUAAACAAUUGUACGCCUUGGUAUGAUGACCCAAGUUCAAAUGUUGAGUGAACACUAUAGAAUGAAGCGUUGGUAAAUUGGGAUCAUCUUUAUCAGCCAUUAGUAUAGCUGUUUCGGCAAGUUCUAUAAUACAAUCGGCAGCAGUAUGCUCUUCGAAAAGUUUAAUGACUUUUAAAUAAUACUGAAUUAAAGAAUUAUUUUCUGAUAAUACACUGGUCUCGAGUAAAGUGUCAGCCAAGAAUUCAUCGGUUAAAAUUCCUCCAGAUGCUCGAAGGAAAUGAUCGCAAGCUUUAUGUGCUUCUCCCAUUUCCAACAACGCGACCGCCAAUAUAAAUUUUCUCGACGCGCUAUUCCAUUCACACCAUGUGUUCAGAAGUCUGACAUACUCUUGUACGAGCAAAAAUUGACAACUGGAUAAAAGCCAUUCUGGAAAAAUAAAAUUGCCCGACCUUGGCCAUCUGUUGAAAAGUUUAAUUAAGGAAAUAAUUCAUUAUUUGUGGAGAGAAAUAGUAUAAUAUAUACGUAAUAGGCAAUACAUAUAUUAGGUCCUGUAAUAUGAGAUGUCGAAUAUUUCUUACUCGUAAACAUUUCUAUUUUUGAUGUCGUUAUUCCUCAGUUUUUCAUACAAUCUCUUAAACAGUUUCAUUGUCGAUUGUUAGAGUAACUCUUUGCAAACAAUUUUUUCCGAAUUGUGCAUAAUAACUACUUCUUACAUCAUUUUUUUAAAACAUUCAUGUAAGUUUCUUAUAUGAAUUCAAACUUGGAAAUAAUGCUGCAAAAACCGCUCAAAAUAUAAACAAAGCAUUUGGGGACAAUACUGUGAAUGAAAAAACAGUGCAGCGUUGAUUUGCAAAAUUUCAUUUCGGUAGUUUUUUUGCAAAAUGAGCCGCUUGAUGAAUCUGUAAUGUAGUUUAUAACGAUAUCUUUAAAAUUGAUUAAUUCUAAACAUUCAGAAUUUCCCAAAUAAGGAAUAUAUGCAUUAAAAACACGUUAACAGAAGUGUAUUGAAUCGAAUAGAGCAUAUUUUGAUUGAAUAAACGUCUUUUAGAACAUCACAUAAGGUUUCCUUUUCAUUACACGACUUAAUAAUAUUUGUAAAAGGAUACACCAGUUGUGCGAUAAGCGUGAUGUGUGUCAACAUUCCGUAAUGCCAUGGUAUUAAAGUAGUCGCAUCUAAAUUUGUGUGAGCUAUCAAAUUAUGAGCAUAUUUUGCACCACUGCUCUGUAUAAAUAAUUCUAACAAUGAUAAAGAUCGAUGUUGUCUAAAUCCCACGUUUGCUCUUGAAUCAACGAGCUUCAGCAACGCUAAGCGCUGAAUACUAGAAUCCCUUAAAAUAUUUAUAACAAUUUUAAAAUAUAUUAAGCACUCGUGCAAGAGAAAAAAUUAAGAUUUUACUUACAACAAUGAUUGCGCCGGCGCUGGUAAUGGUGUAGAUUCACAUAUCCAUAAUACAACAUUAUAUGCUUGCGUUAAUACAAUUGUUCUCGGUGCUAAAGAUGAUUUGAUAGAGUGCAACGACCGUGAAUCAAAUAAUUCCGGGCGUAACAGUAUCAUUUGUUGCAAAAUCAAAAGAUUUCUACAGAUUGAAAAUCUUAAUUGCGUUAUUUGAGCUACACUUUUUGAUAUUGCUGAAAUCCCCAGCUGGCUACCGAAGAAAUGAUUUAUACUGAGUAGCAUUUUCGAAGCGUCGUGAUCUUCGUUAAAUUGUAACUUAUGCGGUUGACCAAGGUCGUAUGUUAAAGCUUCUAACAACAUGGCUAUGGCACUGGAUAGAUCCCUAAUAUUUGACAAUCUGUGGCAACUAGGAUGGUUCAUGAUGAUAUUACUAAUAGGUUCUUCUGAAUCAAGCAUCAGCUUCGACAGCAUUUCAUCGAUAAUACUAUCUGGGCUUUUUAGAUGAUACAGUUCUCGCUUGAUUAUAUUUUUGGUUUCUUCUGACAACUGCUCUUCUAGUAGCACUAAUACAGACAUCAAUACAAUGAGAUCUUGACAUAUAUCGUCAUCUUGCGAUAAAACAGGUGUUGUUUUAAAUCGAGAUAUACAUGACUUCUCAUUACAAAACAUUAAAUAUUCUAAAGCUUCCAUUGGUCUUAGAAGAGAAAAUGAUGAUUUUUUAAGUAAAACAAUUCCAUAAACGCUUGGCAUCAAUAAUAAUCCUACAGGCCUUGCACUAUUAGCAUGGUACUGUAUUACACAAGAGUAAAAUCUUGACCAACAACGAUUUGCAAUUUCUAGAUAAUCUUCAUCCAUUAGUUCAUAAUCCAUCACUUCUGCUUGUAUUUCAUCUUCUACUGCAAUACAAACACGGUCUUUUAACUCGGUCGCAGAAAGAAUGUUGUCUUUUGUAUUCCUUCCAUGGAUAAUUGUGAAAGAUUUAGAAAGGACGUUAACAUUAGUAUUUUUCUUUGAUCUUCUGUAAAUAUUUAAUGCCUUUGUAAUAUCCGUUAAAGAAAACUGUCCAGGAUGAAAAAUGUAAUUAAUGUAUGCCCGUCUUGGAUUAAUGUCAGGAUCACUAAGGAUGUAGUCUCUAUCCGGUGUUUGUUCUAGAACUGUUGUUUCCCAUUCAGAGUUAACUCUUGUGCCAGUCAAUGACAAUUGUGCAUGUGUUACUUCAACUGUAUCCAUAUCAAUAGUUCUCCAUACUGCCCAUAAUCGUGUAGUUGUGAACGAGAAAUCAACUAAAUGUUGCUGUAAGUAUAGGAAUGUAUAUCACUAACAAUGUACAAGAAUAAAUUAUAUACCUAACACAUUAUUUUUAUUAUAUACUUACAUCCUGUGCAAAUCUUGUACAUAAUCUUACAAACUUGAAUAUGCCAUUAUCUUGAAUAGGUUUUAAAAUACUAAAUUCACAUCUAGUGCUAAAUUUUAAGAAAGUUCCUAAGUAUAAUUCAUUAUCAAGCCCUAACGCUUUUCUCAACAUAUGCCCUUGGUCUCCUUGAGAUGCUACACGAUUAUCAAUGGUCGCAUCAGUCACAGCUAUACACUGAGCUUUAUUACAAGACCACAUACGAAUAUUACCCUCACGACACAAAGCAAAUAAAUAUGUGUCAUUUCCGAAAUUAUGUAUUACCAAAGACAUAGCCACAUGAGCUUCAGAAUUUCGCCCUCUAAAAGCAGUUGCUAUACCACUAAGGAAUCUUGGCACUAUAGAAUCCUCCUUUAAUUCGCUAGUGUGCACAGCACCAGUUUUUAUGUCUAGUCUUAAAAGAAGUAUAAUUCCUGAAUUAUAAGCAAGUGCGAAUAAUGCUUCUUGAGGGGGUAUGUACCAUGACGUGGCUGCAUGAGGCACUGGAGAAUCUAUAUAGGGAUUAGAUGAUUUAUGUAAGAUAAAUACAAUACUCAAUGCUUUCUUUACUUACUUGUAGUUCCUGCGUUUGUAAUAACAUAGAACAUAUGCGGGUCCUCUUUCGCUUUCUUCGCAUUUUGAGCAGAUGCUUCGUUAAAUAUUGAUUGUACACCCAAAUCCUUGUAUGUAUUUAAUUCCUGUGGAAAAUGAAUUUGUCGAUAUUGUAAUUACAUAGAAUAACUAAUUUCCCUUCAGUUUGUUUAAAUUUCUUACAUUUUUAUAAAUCCUUUCAGGAUGAGGAAACGAUAAUUUAUGUAUACUCGAAACAGUCGCUAUCAAUAUAAUAACGGAAUUUUCUGUUUCAUGUAUUGAAAUACCAUCCAAAAUUGGUGUGUCCGUAAACUUAUACCUCACUCUACAGUUAAUCAAAUUAAUAUCUAAACUGUGCUCAACCAAUUCGAGCACAUCAUGGGAAAUACGCCAAUAAAUAAACCGAUUACGAGUGUAAUAUUUUGAACAAUCCUUAUAUGAAUAACCACCAGCUCUUUCUGGCACUUUUAUAUCUUGUAAGGUACUUUGACUUCCCCCUAUAAUAUAAUAUAACACAUUACAAGGAAACAACAUAUAUGUUUAAUUGUUAUAUUCUAAAUCAUUAUUAUAGUAUAAAUAGUUUAGUAAUUAUUAUUAUUAUCAUAAAAAUACGUUGUACGUAUAUAUAUAUAUAUAUAUAAUUAUAUAUAUUUUACAAUUUAAAACUUGAAGAUGUUGUUUUCUAAUAAUUUACAUUUUAAUGAACAAAUAUCGCUUAUAUUUUUUGUAGAAUCUCUUGCUUUCUUUGUAGAUUUUUCAUUUAUUCAGCUAUCUUGAAAAGGUUAUAAUCGCUCACCUGUAUUUAAUGUAAUUUCGUUCCAUUUUUCCGGUACCGUUUGAUCAGGCACGACUUCUCGAUAACCAAGUGGAAAUUCUUCCAUAUUCCAGUUUAAUUUUAAAAUAAACACUAUGUCAAUUUAACUAUCAAAUUACAUUACAAUGCCGCUAAAAAUUUUAGUAUGUAUUGAACGUUUAUGUCACGCUUCAUGCGGUUCAUUUUGGCGCCCUCGAUCGUUGUUAUAACCUUAACUGCUUUGACCCGUUGAUAUAGGUUAAAAUUCAGGCAUGCGAUGAUAUAGUUCUUAAUAAAUAUAUCUAAGUUGAUGAUCAGAGAAAAUAUGUAAAUACGAAUGAACAAAAGUUAACCAGAAAGACACAUAUUAAUUGCUACUAAUUCCUGUCUAACAACGUAUAUAUUAAGAUGAAAUGUACAACUAAUUUGUCGCCUAGGAUAUUUCAAAUACAUGUUAUGGCUUCUUUACCGGUUACACAUUAAUAGUAAAAAAACAGUGAAUAAAGUAUGAAUAAAAAAGUUGUCACAGUAUUCUAUUUAAUAUUGAAUAUAUUGUUUUCAAUUGUAAUUGUACUAUUGAAUAAAUGGCUAUAUGUCCACACAGGCUUUCCAAACAUUACAUUAUCUAUGAUACAUUUUAUUAUUACUUUUGUGGGACUAAUAAUCUGCGAAAAAUUUGACGUUUUUUGUUUAAAAGAUGUAGCUAUCAAAGAAAUGUUAUGGAUUGCCAUGACCUUUUGUGGAUUUGUUGUACUUACAAAUUUAAGUCUGGCAUAUAACACAAUUGGAACUUAUCAAGUGGCUAAAAUGUUAACAACGCCUUGUGUGAUAAUACUGCAAAUACUGUUUUAUAAGAAACAUUGUGGUUUACUUGUUAAGUUGACAUUAAUUCCAAUUAUAUUGGGAGUUGUAAUUAAUUUCUAUUACGAUAUACAAUUUAAUGUUAUUGGAACAAUAUAUGCAACUAUGGGAGUAUUCGUAACAUCUUUAUACCAAGUGAUGCUGAAUACAAAACAGAAGGAAUUUCAAAUGAAUCCAAUGCAAUUAUUGUAUUACCAGGCACCUUUAUCUGCUAUUCUAUUAUUCAUUAUUAUACCAUUUUUAGAACCUGUAGAACAGACAUUUACACAGAGUUGGUCACCGAUAGAUUUAGUCAUGAUUGUGCUAUCAGGCAUAGUGGCAUUCUUUGUCAACUUAACUUCCUAUUGGAUAAUAGGGAAAACUUCACCACUAACUUAUAAUAUGGUUGGGCAUUCUAAGUUUUGUUUGUUACUUCUAGGCGGAUCGCUCAUUUUUCAUGAAACAUUAGCCAUGAAUCAAGUAAUUGGGAUAACAUUAACAUUGAUUGGAAUUAUUUUGUAUGCACAUGUAAAAAUGAAAGAUGCUCAAACCGUAACAACAAAUUAUGAAGAAAAAGAAAGAAGGCCGCUACAUAGAGUAUAAUUUUGUACUAAUAUUUGUGAUAUGUAAUAAAAGAGAAAU